AAGUUGGGAUGGCGAUAGGAAACCCAGUGGUAGCAACUAUGGAGGAGGAGAAUACUGAAGCCGAGUCCUCUAAUGGAAAUGAGACUCAAUUAGCUUCUGACUUAACGAAGAAUCUUGAUCUUGCUCAAGUGAAGGAACACGAAAAGAAUGAUAAUCAAGAAGAAGAUGGACUGAAAGCUGAGGCUUCAACGAAGAAGAAGAAGAAGAAAAGUAAAAGCAAGAAGAAGAAGAGUUCCCUUCAACAGACUGAUCCACCUUCAAUUCCUGUUCUUGAGCUCUUCCCUUCUGGAGAUUUUCCUCAAGGUGAAAUCCAACAGUACAAGGAUGAUAAUUUGUGGAGAACAACAUCUGAAGAGAAGAGAGAGAUGGAGCGGCUGCAAAAGCCGAUAUAUAAUUCUCUUCGCCAAGCAGCAGAAGUUCAUCGUCAAGUUAGGAAGUAUAUGACAAGUAUAUUGAAGCCUGGAAUGUUGAUGAUUGAUCUCUGUGAGACUUUAGAGAACACUGUUCGUAAGUUGAUAUCAGAGAAUGGUCUUCAAGCUGGUAUCGCCUUUCCUACAGGAUGUUCUCUGAAUAAUGUUGCUGCUCAUUGGACACCAAACUCUGGAGAUAAGACUGUCCUUCAGUACGAUGAUGUGAUGAAACUGGAUUUUGGAACACAUAUUGAUGGGCACAUUGUGGAUUCUGCUUUUACAGUUGCGUUCAAUCCUAUGUUUGAUCCUCUUUUAGCAGCCUCGCGUGAAGCAACAUAUACUGGUAUCAAGGUGCUCAUUCUGUUUCUGUUGCUAAUAAUAUGUGCUUCUGCCUCUAUGGCUACUUGUGGGAUUCUUCUGUUCUUGGAUAUGGUGAAUGCAGCCAUUCAUUCUGUAGAAGCCGGGGUAGAUGUCCGGCUCUGUGAUGUUGGUGCUGCAAUUCAGGAGGUCAUGGAGUCUUAUGAGGUUGAAAUCAAUGGAAAAGUCUACCAAGUCAAAAGUAUCAGAAACCUGAAUGGGCACAGCAUUGGACGCUAUCAGAUACACGCCGAAAAAUCUGUUCCUAAUGUUAGAGGAGGCGAGCAGACGAAAAUGGAAGAGGGUGAAUUAUAUGCCAUUGAAACAUUUGGAUCAACAGGGAAAGGAUAUGUAAGAGAGGACUUAGAAUGUAGCCAUUACAUGAAAAACUAUGAUGUGGGUCACGUACCUUUGAGGUUACCAAGAGCAAAACAACUCCUUGCCACUAUUAACAAGAACUUCUCCACUCUAGCCUUCUGCAGACGCUAUUUGGACCGCCUUGGUGAAACAAAAUACUUGAUGGCUUUAAAGAAUCUUUGUGAUUCUGGCAUUAUUGAGCCAUGCCCUCCAGUGUGUGAUGUGAAAGGAAGCUAUAUUUCUCAGUUUGAGCAUACGAUUUUGUUGCGGCCAACUUGCAAAGAGAUUAUUUCCAAAGGAGACGAUUAUUGAAAUGGUGAUUUUCACAUAACUUGAAAAGGUUUUUGCUUUUGGCAGUUGUUCUUCUUGAGUUUGUAUAAUAGUUUUGGAAGGCUUUUUAAGUCUUGUGCUCAAAUAUUUUAUGUUCUUCAAAUAUGAUUCUAAUCAUAAGAGCUUAGCGAAUCCUUCAUCAAUUAUAGCUACAUGUUAGCUUAUUUGUUAUUUUGAUAUACAAUUUUGUUUUUUUUUAAGAAGCCUAAUAUAAUUUCGAAAACUGC